CAAAGUGGCUAACGCGAUUUUUAUUUACAAGUUGAAAAUACACACAAAUUCUACCCACAACCCUUAAUUAAGUGCACAACAUAUUAUGGCAAAAUCUAUGCGAAAAUAAUUGAAAUGUUUGCUGUGCAUCGUUGGAAAGAAUCAAAUUUUUCUCACAAUAAUUGUGCCAUAUUAACUGCCUGAAAACGCGUAAAAAGGAGCAGGAAAAAAGGCUCCAAAGUGGAAAAAUGCCAUAAAUCUAAUAUGCAGCUGGGCGCAAGAGAAAUACAUAUAAUUAUAAAGAGAGAGGGAGUGUGAGCGAGAAAUACUAAACAAAAUAAAAUCAAAUAAAGCAAAGAAAGAGAUCAAAAGCGAAUAGAACACAAAUCUUGUGUUCAAAAAUCCAUGCAAGGCAAGCGUAGCGAGAAUGCUGUCCACAACAACGGGAGGUGCUAGCCAAUCACCGACAACAACAGCAACAACAACUGAUGCAGCCUCUACAACAUCAGCAGCAGCUGUAGGAGUAGCAGCAACAAUAGGAGCAAAAACAACAACAACCACGGUUAAGGUAAAAAGCGAACCGUUUUCCACUCUAUUGCCAGAAAACGCCACCAAUCAAAAUCAGGCCAUGUCAGAUGAGACGGGCGCUACGGCCAAAAGCAACACCAACAACAAUAAUAAUAAUACCAACAACAACAAUAGCAACAACGGUAAUAAUAAUAACAGCAACAACAACAGCAAUAAAAAUCCAACAAAUUCAAAUACGAGCGGACCUUCAGUAACUCCAACGGAUUCCCGACAGAAUUCAAGCAGCAGCCUCAACUCACCAACAAACAUCAGCAAUAACAGCAGCAACAAUGCCAGCGAGCAUUCGAGUACGAACAGCAACAGCAGCAACAACAGCAACGCGGAAAGCGAUCUGCACCAGCAGGAACAGGAUCUGCUAAAGAAGAAGAACCAGAAAGCAGGCAGCACCAGCAUUAAGGAGGAGGACGGCGGAUCUUCAAAGCUAUCAUCAUCUGGCGGAAAUUCCUCACUUGAAAAGGGACAAGGAGGACAAAGUCAAAUUGGCGCCGCCGGCAACAAUCCCAAUAUAAAUCCUAACUCGAAUCCCAAUACGAAAGUGAGCUCAGUUAGCGGUUGUGGAGCUGUUGUGUCGACUGUGGCUUCCGUCAAGGAUGAGCCCGCCGAUCUGCUGAGCAGCUUAGUGAACAUGAAGAAGGAGGAGAACUUCUCACCCAAUAUGUCCCCCGUCGGAUUUGGUUCAAUUGGCGGAGGUGGCAGCAGCAAUGCUAUCGAUCGAGCCGAAACGCCAGUUAAAAUGGAGUUGGAAAAGCAACCCGCAUCGGUGAUUGAUGACAUUGUUGGAUUGGAUGCCGAACGUUGCAUGAACGAAACGCCAACAGUGACCAAUCAUUCAAAUGCCGCUUGUGCAAACAAUUUGGGUGUCUCCAUUGGCAUAGGCAUCAAUGUUGCCUCACCAGGUGUGGCCAACAAUUUUAUGGGCAACAGUAGCAGCAGUAGCAACAACAACAGUGGGAACAACGUUGGCACUUGCUUGGAUUAUAUGCAGCAGCAGAAUCACAUAUUUGUCUUCUCCACACAGUUGGCGAAUAAUGGCGCUGAGUCGGUUUUGAGUGGACAAUUUCAAACGAUUAUCGCUUAUCAUUGCACGCAGCCAGCGACGAAGAGUUUUCUCGAGGAUUUCUUCAUGAAAAACCCCAUGAAAAUGAAUAAGUUGCAGCGACAAAAUUCACUCGGAAUGGGCAUCUGUAAUAAUAUGUCAGUUGCACAAAAUUGGCCAGCGGCAUCGCCUAAUAAUAAUCUGAAUCUAAACCCGAAUACAAAUCCAAAUCUAACAAAAAUGUUGCAGCCACCAACGCAGAAAUCAAAAACCAAUCAUUUCAAUAAUCCAACGGACAAAAGAAAUGCAUUUAUUGAGGCGACUCCAAAUGAGGUAUCGGUAAAUGAAAGCGAUUUAAUGUGCUGGGAAACGGGAAAUGCAAAUCCUGCAAAUCGAAAUAGUCUUGAAACAGAUGGAAAUGAUUUGGGUAAAUGCAACAGCAGCAGCAACAACAAUAACAGCAAUAUCAACAACAACAGCAGCAGCAGCAACCACAGCAACAAUCACGAUUUGAGUCAGGAUAAUAAUAUUAUUUCGCUGCAAGGCGUUAAAGUGCCCGAUGAAAAUUUAACGCCGCAACAACGCCAGCAUCGCGAGGAGCAAAUGGCUAAAUUGAAGAAGAUUAAUCAAAUAUUAUUUCCCGAGAAUGAUAAGUUGCCGAAUGAUGCAGCUGCCGCAGCUGCAGCUGCUGCAAAUAUGGCAAAUAUAAUGAUGAGUGGUGCAGGUGGCGCCGCUGCAGCAAGCGCUGGUCAAAUGCGACAAUUACAACUACAACAACAGUUGCAACAUCAGGCGGCAGCUGUAGCGGCAGCGGCACAAAAAACCCAAGAAAAUGUACAUCUAACGGGCGAAAAUGAAGUCCUUUUGCCUAGCGAUGUCAUUGCCGAGAUGUGUGGAACAAAAAAUAGUAAUUCAAAUAAUAAUAAUAACAAUAAUAAUAUGACAGCAGCAUCAACAACAGGCACGACUACAGCUGGCAAUGUCAACAUGAAUUUGAUGAGCAACAAUUCACCGGAGUUGAUUGCCAAUUUUAAUAACUCCAAUUGUGUGCUAAACAUGGACAAGGAAGAGAAUGCGCUUACGCCCAUGGAAUGGACGAAGAUACAGCAACAGUUCUUCGAGGAGCGACUGAAAGUGGGCAAAACGGUGACAGCUUGUCGCGGCAUGCCCGGACCAGGACCUCCUUCUGCAGGUGCUGCCAUUGCCCCGCCAACAACCUCCUCCGCCACCGCCUCCAAUCCCAAUCCCAACAUGCGUAAUAUAAAUGUGCAAGGACCGCCGCCCCCUUAUCAUCCCACACAGCGUUCGGCAUCGGUGCCAAUUGCGACCCAAUCACCAAAUCCUUCCAGUCCCAACAAUCUGUCGCUGCCCUCGCCACGCACAGCGAGCGCUGCUUUGGGUCUGCCCUCAAAUUCGCCUAGCAUGGUGGAGCUGCCCACCACAAGUGGAGCAGUUGCAGCAACCGCUUCCAGUUCAGCCAGUUCGAAGAGUUGUUUUCCCAACGAUUGUGGCUCGCCAUCGAAUCGACAUCAUCGUGGCAACAACAACAAUCUCCUGAAUCAUCAUCUGAAUAGUAAUCCGAGUACGCCGCUGGCUCAUCUAUCGCCUAAGGAACUCGAUACGUUUGGCGCCAACUCCACUGCUGACUUAAAGAUUACCCGACCCACUUCACAGCGUCCUCGUUCGCCUGGCAAUGGUAAUAAUAAUCCAAAUUCGAAUGCUGGAAAUCAUUUGCUCGAUGCGAGCAAUUUGGAUGCACGUUUGCCCAAUUCGAGUCCAGGCUUGAAUUUUAAUGCUCAUGCCCAUUUGCAGGGCAAUCCAAACACUGCCAUGAAUCAUCAAUAUAAAGGGCCCAAUGGCAAUCCAAUGGACGUUAAUCGUCAGAAUUGUGGACCUGUUGGACCCGUUGUUGGAGGUCCACCUGUACAGUUUGGCCGUCGCUCCGACAAUAUGCCCCUAAAUCCGAAUAGCGGCGUCAAUCGACCGCCUCCCAAUAAAAUGGCGCAGAACUUUGAUCCGAUAUCAUCGCUGGCCCAAAUGUCUCAACAGCUGACGAGCUGUGUCUCGGGCGUUGGUGGUAAUCCAGCCGGUGGCAUGAACAUGAUGGGACCCGGCCCCAUCGAUAUGAAUAGCAUGGAUCAUGGCGGCAUGAUGCCCAAUUUGGAUGCGGCAAUGGAGCACAUGAAUAAUGCUCCCAACAAUUGUCAUCCCAUCAAUCCGCUGCUCAAUUCGAUGGGUCAGCGCAUGUUGAACCCGAAGAUGGGCGCUGGUUUACCAGCCGGCUUCAGUCCCUUAGCGAAUGGAGUGGUUCGCGAAGGUUCCGGGCCCGUACCUGGUACCGGUUUUCAUGGCAUUUUGGCAUCGCCGGGCCCUCGGAUGAUGGGACGCAUGCCCGUUAAUUUUGGGCCAAAUUUCAAUCCCAAUAUUCAGGUGAAGGCGAGCACUCCAAACACUAUACAAUAUAUGCCAGUGCGACCGCAAAAUAAUAAUCAGAAUAACAACGGAAAUAAUAACCCAAAUAAUAAUAAUAAUGGAAAUAUAAACAACAAUGGCAACGUGCGCAUGGCGCCCAGUUUGGAGUUCCUGCAACGCUAUGCCAAUCCACAAAUGGCUGGGCCACAUCAUGAUGCGGCCGCUGCCAUGAUGUUAGGUCCAGGACCGGGACCAGGACCCGGACCUGGCGGACCCAUGAACAUGAGCUCACCCAACGAGCAACAGCAACAACAGCAGCAGCAGCAAAAAAUGAACAAUGGCAUGAAUUUUUUUCAGAAUUGUAAUCAAUUGCCGGGCCUCGAUGAUGAUGUUAGCCAUGAAUUGAGUCUGGGUGCGGCGGCAAUGGUGCGUGGCAUGCGUCCGCAUGGCAUGCGGCAACAUGGCGGCCUCGGCAUACGCAUGCAGGGACCAGGACCAGGACCUGGUGGCAAUAAUCUUCUCAAUCGCCAGCAGCAGGCGCAGUUUUCAGGUGGCAGCGUGGAUGGCUUGGAUUGCAGCGAUCCCAAUGUGAUGUUCAAUAAUGGCGCCGGUUCCUGCAACAGUUCGCCGCCCAUGUUUGCGCAGGCAGCUGGACCUGGUCAAGUGUCGGGACCUGGUCAGGGACCAGGACCCAUGUCCAAGCCGCAGCACUUGAAACCCAUGCCUGGCGGUGGCAUGUGUCAGGUACCCGUUGCGCCCAACGUGGGCAUGCAGGGUCUUGCACCGGGUCAGCUGCAGCAACUGCAGCAGCCACAUCCCAAUGUGAUGGGCUUACCCAACAACAACAACAACAAUAACAACAGUAAUAGUAAUAGUAAUCUGGGUGGCAACUCUGGCGUUGGUGUCAAUUUUGUGGGACCCUCGUCGAAUGAUUUGAAGUACGCGCAGCAAUAUCACAGUUUUCAGCAACAAUUGUAUGCCACAAACACGAGAAGCCAACAGCAGCAGCAACAAGGUGGCAAUAAUAUGAUUGCAAUGCCACCGAAUUUGUCACCAAAUCCCGCAUUUUUUGUCAACAAAUAAAAGCGAAACUGGCAAAAAAAAAAUUCAAGAAAGCUAGUCGCAAAUCUAACUCAAGAUUUUCUUAUAGCAUAUGUAUAUAUAUAAAUAUAC